AUGUGGGGUAUUGUGCUCAUCGGUACUGGCUUCACCAAGAGCUUCCCGGCCUUUGUGGCCAUGCGAGUACUUCUUGGCGUUCUUGAGGCUCCCAUUGCUCCGGGCAACUUCUUGGUGAUGGGCAUGUGGUAUACCAGAAAGGAGCAGCCGUUGCGCAGUGGUCUCUUUUACACUGGCAUGAGCUCUUUUAUUACAGGACCGCUUGGUUAUGUUGUGGGAUUCAUUACAAAUGAGUGGUUCUCUCCCUGGAGGGCUCUGUUUUGGGUUGUCGGAUCUAUAACCAUUGCAUACGCCAUCAUACUUGGCAUUCUCUUGCCAGACAACCCAGUCCAAUCCAAAUUCACCACUGAAAAGGAAAAGUUUAUUGCAAUUGAUCGACUAAGGGCUGAUCAGGUCGGUGUGGAAAACAAACAGUGGAAAUGGGGGCAGUUUUGGGAGGCCAUGCUCGACAUCAAGACCUGGAUACUCUUCAUACUCAAUGUUUUGAUCAAUAUUCCCAAUGGUGGGCUGGGAAACUUCACCCCCCUCAUUAUUGCUGGCCUUGGAUACUCGUCGCGUAUUGCCAGUUUGCUGUUUAUGGUUGUGGGCAUCACUUCCACAGCCUCAUGUUACAUGUGCAAUGGCGCUGUGUUCCUUGCGAAUCAUUAUAACCCAAGACUCCAAGUUCGAGGUGCUGCCAUGAUCUUUGGUCUUGUUGUGGCCAUGAUUUCAACAAUUUUUCUCUACACCCUUCCGACGACUGCAAUCCAGAACCGUCUUGUUGCGCUAUUCAUGGCCUACUUUUACCUCGGUCCGUACGUUGUCUCCAUCGGGCUCGCCAGUGCCAACACUGCCGGAUACACGAAAAAAGUGACGGUCAACUCCAUGAUUUUCAUGGGUUGGUGUGCUUCAAAUAUUGUUGGACCAUUCUGUUUCAAGACGAACCAAGCUCCAUUGUACCCGUUUGGCAUCGCUGCUAUGCUAUUUUCCAACGCAGGUUCAAUUAUCAUGACUUGUCUCUACAUACUGUGUUGCUGGUCCGAUAACCGUCAGCGAGAUAGGAAGGCUGCAGUUGAAGGAACCAUUCCGGUCGCAGAAACUGAAUUCAGAGAUUUUACGGACAAGCAGAACCCGAAUUUCCGAUACGUUUGGUAG